UCACACCCUCCAACAUUCAACAUCUGCCACGUGCACAUCCGUCCAACUUCACCCCCGCUGCCACACCAGCCGCUACAGCGAACCAAACCGUUCGCUUUCCUCGUUAAUGAAGGAAGCCAACUGCCUUUCCCUCUUGCUUUAAUAUUCGAGCUCGGCCAAGUCUCCCUCGCCGAUUCGCAAUCAAAUCGGCGCAAUUAAAUGGCCGAUCGCGCUUCACGAGACGUCAAACCAACGUUAAAACCUCUCCAUGCAUCCAUGCAUGAUUCUCAGAAUCGAACCAUGGCCAUCAAACUUGCUUUAGUAUUCGCGCUCCUCUUCUCGCACCUCUCCUCCGCCGCCUCAUCGUCCAUCGCCGACGUUCUCUUAGACAUAAAGAGCUCCUUCUCCGAGGACCCUUUCCACCUCCUCGAUGACUGGUCGCCCGCGACAAAUCCAAAUCAUUGCAACUGGACCGGAGUCCUCUGCGAAGGCGCCGGCGAAGUGGUUGCUCUAAACCUCUCCUCCGCCGGUCUUUUCGGCGAGGUACCCCCCGCACUCACCCAGCUCACCCAACUCGCCGUCCUCGACCUCUCUGCCAACCACCUCUCCGGCAAAAUACCGGCCGAGCUCUCGAGCCUCCGCAGCCUCACUUCGCUUCUACUUUACUCAAACAAUCUCUCCGGCGAGAUUCCGGCGAGCAUCGGAAGGAUCGCCGGACUUCGAGUCUUACGCAUUGGCAACAACCCCGGCGUUUCCGGUUCUAUUCCGGAGGAAAUUGGGGAUAUUCAAAAUCUAACGGUUUUGGGUUUAGCUUCUUGUAAUUUGACCGGUUUGAUUCCGAUUUGGUUGAGCCGGCUCAUAAAUCUCCAGAUUUUGAGUUUAAGCAUGAACCGGUUUACCGGUCCGAUUCCGCCGGAGAUUCGUAACCUGCAGGAACUCACCGUGCUCGCACUCGCCGGAAACCAGCUCACCGGCCGUAUUCCGCAGGAGCUCGGCGAUCUCCUUCAGUUACAAACUUUGCUCCUUGCUAAAAACUCACUGAGCGGAGGUGAAUUAACUCAGCUGCAAUACCUUAAUGUGAUGGCGAACCGGUUGGAGGGUUCAAUACCGACAUCACUCAGCCGGUUGAGCCGGCUUAGGGUACUGGACCUGUCUACAAACCGGCUCCAAGGCGGGUUUCCAGAGGAAAUUGGCGACUUACCGGAACUCAACUUCCUGGUUUUGGCGGGAAACCGGCUCUCCGGUGAGCUGCCGGAAAAUAUCUGCCGGAGGAGUUCGAUUAGUUUGGAGCAUCUCAUGGCUUCGGACAAUAACUUUACGGGCCGUAUUCCGGCUACGAUCGCUCAAUGCAUGUCACUCCGGACACUGGAUCUUGCCAACAAUAGCUUUUCAGGCUACAUUCCACCGGAGCUAGGAGUUCUCUCUGAGCUCACUGAUCUCACUCUUAAUAACAACAGUUUUUCUGGUUUCAUUCCCCGAGAAUUCGGCAAUCUCAGCAAGCUGGAAACUCUAGCUCUGUAUCACAAUAAUCUCAUCGGUGGAAUCCCGGAGGAAAUCGGCUUAUUACAGAGCUUAGAAGUGCUGUACCUGUACGAAAACAGGUUCACUGGAGAAAUCCCUGCGGCGAUCGGUAACUGUUCGAAGUUGCAGAUGGUGGAUUUUUUUGGAAAUCAGUUCACCGGGAGAAUCCCGGAAACAGUCGGGCAGUUGACGCAGCUUAAUCUGCUCCAUCUCCGGCAGAAUGCGCUCUCGGGCCAUAUUCCGGCAACUCUAGGCAAUUGCAAUGAGCUUACGAUUCUUGAUCUCGCCGACAAUGUUCUCACUGGAGGGAUUCCGAUGGAGCUGGGCUUUUUAAAAUCUCUGGAGAAACUAAUGCUUUAUAACAAUUCGUUGGAAGGAAUCAUUCCCGAUGAGAUUUUCGAAUGUAAGAAUCUCACCAGAGUCAAUCUUUCGAAUAAUCGUUUUAAUGGAAGCAUCCUUCCUCUUUGCGGCUCGAGUUCUCUCCUCUCCUUCGAUCUAACAAACAAUUCGUUCAAUAUCGAUAUUCCUGCUCAUUUGGGGAACUCCGCUCACCUAGAGAGGAUACGGCUCGGGAGCAAUAGAAUUGCUGGGGAAAUACCUUCAAUGCUCGGGAUGAUCGAAUCGCUGUCGCUACUUGAUCUCUCCGACAAUCGUCUCUCUGGCGAAAUACCGCCGGAGCUUUCGUCUUGCAAGAAACUCACCCACAUCGACCUCAACGGUAACCAACUCACUGGAGAGGUUCCGGCGUGGAUUGGAGGGUUACCGGAUUUGGGAGAGCUGAAGCUAUCUUCCAAUGGCUUCAUUGGUUCUCUGCCUGUUGAGAUGUUCAACUGCUCGAAGCUUUUGCGGCUCCAGCUGAAUGAUAACAAUCUUAAUGGAUCAAUCCCGUGGGAAAUCGGGAACCUAAUUUCCCUCAAUGUACUCGAUCUCAGUCGCAACCGGUUCUCUGGUAAUAUCCCAACAUCAAUUGGGAAACUGAGCAAGAUAUAUGAUCUCCGGAUGUCAAACAACUUAUUCGCCGACGAUAUUCCGGCGGAGCUCGGAAAACUUUCGGAAUUGCAGAGUGCUCUCGACCUCAGCUUCAAUAAACUCACGGGCGAAAUCCCCCCUUCGCUCGAAACUCUUUACAAGCUAGAAUCUCUCAAUCUUUCCCAUAAUUCCAUAACCGGCCAAAUCCCACACCAGAUAGGAAGAUUGAGCAGUUUGGUAUCCCUAAACCUCUCAUACAACAAGCUCGCAGGGAACCUCGACGAUUAUUUCUCACGGUGGCCGCCAGAAUCUUUCGCCGGAAAUCUCGCUCUAUGCGGACCGCCAAUGCAACAAUGCCGUAAGGAAUAUUCUCCAUCCAACCACCACAGGCAGUCAUCGCCAACAACCGCAUCCAUCGCCGUCGCCACCGCUCUAGUUACCAUCGCCAUUUUUUUCCUCACCAUGGCUCUCGCCAUCGCUAUUAAAGGGCGCUUUUCGAGAAAAGCAGUUGAAGUGAACUGCGCCAGCUCGUCGAGCUCCGGGCAAGUGCAGCGCCAGUUAAUCAGGAAACGAUCCGACCGACGAGAUUUCCGACGGGAGACGAUCAUGGCGGCGACGAACAAUCUUAGCGAAGAGUACAUAGUCGGCUCCGGAGGCUCUGGAUCCGUCUAUCGCGCAGAACUCCCCUCCGGCGAAACCGUGGCUGUGAAACGAAUCUUCGCGGAAGAAGACAAAGAACCUUUCCUCGCCGACAAAAGCUUCGCGAGAGAGAUAAAAACCCUCGGCCGUAUUCGUCACAGACAUCUCGUUAGACUCCUCGGCUUCUUCUCUGGCGACGGAGGAAACAUCCUCAUCUAUGAGUAUAUGGAAAAUGGGAGCAUCUGGGACUGGCUUCACCGACCAAAUAAGAUGAAAAAUAAAUUAUGCUUCGGAGCUCGGCUCAAAAUUGCUAUCGGUUUCGCCAAAGGAGUUGAAUAUCUUCACCAUGAUUGUGUCCCGAAGAUCAUCCACAGAGACAUCAAGUCCAGCAAUGUCCUCCUCGACGCCGACAUGGAAGCCCACCUUGGUGACUUCGGCCUCGCCAAACCCCUCGUCGCCGAAUCUGCCGGCCAAUUCGAGUCCGCAUCCGUCUUUGCCGGCUCCUAUGGCUACGUCGCUCCAGAAUACGCCUACACCAUGAAAGCUACAGAGAAGAGCGAUGUUUAUAGCAUGGGGAUAGUUCUAAUGGAGCUUGUGACUGGUUUGAUGCCGACUGAUCAGAGAUUUGGUGGAGACAUUGAUAUGGUGAGAUGGAUUGAGAUGAGCAUGGGAUCGUUGGAGGAAGUGGUCGAUCCUUCCCUUAAGCCUCUGGCUGCCGGAGAGGAAUCGGCUGCCAUCGAUUUGUUAGAUAUAGCUCUUCAGUGUGUGAGGAUGACUCCGGCGGAGCGGCCAACAGCGAGGAAGGUGGCUGAUGUUCUUACAAAUGUGGCUUUAAAGAAGCAGAGAAUGGGCAAUGGGAAGAAGACUAGAGUAGACUGAUUCUGAAUGAACAGAAAAAAAGGUAUUUUUUUGUGUUCAUUUAAUAGUGUUGAAUGUUGGGAACUUUCAAAUUUGGUCGGUUGAAGCUAUAAUUAAAAUUCGAAUUUCACGCAUUGAAAUUUAUUUCAUUUGAUGCGUUCCUUAAUUCUAUGGUUUGAUCUUUGAGUUUGACGAGCAAACAUUUCCCAUCAAAUUCAGUAAUAUGUUGAAGUUAUUUGCUCGGGUGAUUAGAUCACCGGAUG